AUGGGUUGCUGGUGGGCAUAAGCCUUAUACGGAUUAUCUCUGUGUGUAAUAGCUGAACUGCUCGUUAUUUCGACCGGUUGUCCCACUGAAAUUCUUUAUUUACGUGUGAUAAACUUUUUUUAUUAAUUUUUUUUUUGAGCUGACAGAAAAAAGGACCAGUCAGCUGUUUGUGUUGUUAUGGAGACUAAUUCUGAGUACGGAAAUACCAUCCAGGCUGGCAGCUUAAAUAAUUAAUGUUAUUUCAGUUAAACGUGCUACUGUCCGAUAUCUUUGGCUGCUGAAAGAUAAAAAGCCCAAAGUAAAGGUGGUGCAGGGAAGGAGUAAAUGGAGAGAAAAGGAAGGUCAGGAAAUGACGGUUUGUCUAUACGAGCUCCUGAGAGCUGCAGGGAUGCAGCAUCAUUAUGCCCGGUUCACCUUGGCUGGUGUUUGCCGCGCAGUCCACCUUUCAGCUCUGAGGAUGGAGGAUUACCCCCUCCUGGGAAUCACCUCAAUGGAGGACAGAACACGACUUUUCCAUCUGGUCCAAAUGGUCAAAACUCUUGACUUAAAUAGUCUAGUGAAUGAUGAUAUUAUGAUUUGUAAUGAUAACAUUGGAGGUGAUGGAGACUGUGUUGCAGUGGGUGGAAGAAUCAGUUUUGGUGAAAAUGUGAGCAAGGAUCCUGACAAAUACGGAGCUACAAUAAAUACAUCUAAUGCAUCCAGGUAUGCUGGACCCCAGUGUGUUUGCAGGCAGCUUGAUUUCAAUCUUGAAUUUCCUCAUUCUGUUCAUGUUUCUGCAAGCCAUAAUAGGUUUGUUGAGCCUGUCCAGGUAAAAGGAUCAGCCACAGCCAUGCAACUUGAGCUUCCCAUCAGAAAUGCAGCCCCAUACGGCCCCCCAAAGAGCAAAAACAAUAGGAGGGGCGCAGUUAGCUGCUCAUGUGAUUCCCACCAUGAAGAAAACAGAAGAGGAUUUUCUUCGGUCAAUUCUGAUGACAAUUUUCUAUCAAUUAGUAAAAUAUCCCACAAACCAAAUCCCAAUUGUGCAACUGAUACUGAUAGCAAACCUUUUGGACAAAAACUCAGAGAAGGAACCUCCAGGAAGGAAAAUGUCUCUCCAGACACGACUAAGCCCAUACCUGUUUUUGAAGCAAAAGGAACAGCUGGCUACAACUUCGGACUCCCACUGAGUUCUCCACUGGUUCCAAAAAACAAGUAUGUGGGGGGACAGCGGAUUAGAGUGUGUGUUAGGAAAAGACCUUUGACACGUGCAGAGUGCAGAAGAGGACAGGCCGAUGUUGUCACGACGACUCCAGGUGAAGACUGCGUUAUUGUCCGUGAAAGCAAAGAAGCUGUGGAUCUCUCUGAGUACAUACUACAGCACAAGUUUUACUUUGACCAGGUUUUUGGGGAAGGGAGCUCUAAUGAAGAGGUGUAUCAAACGACAGCCUUUCCUCUGGUGCAGCACAUGCUUAACGGAGGGAAAGCCACCUGCUUUGCAUAUGGACAAACAGGUGCAGGGAAGACUCACACCAUGCUGGGAUCAUCUCCUGGGGAACCUGGGUUGUAUGUUCUGGCAGUUCGGGACAUUUUUGCUCACCUGUCCACCACACACACGCACUCAUCCUUGCUGGUUUAUGCUAGUUUCUUUGAGAUCUACUGCGGUCAGUUGUACGACCUGUUGGACAGCAGGAAAAGGUUGUUUGCGAGAGAAGAUGGACAGAAAGUGGUUCACAUUUCAGGGCUGCGUAAUGUCAGAGUGGAUUCGGUCAGCUCGGUGCUUAAGGUGAUUUCACAAGGAACAGCAGAACGGACUCAGGGAGUCAGUGGCGUGAAUCCUCUCUCCUCCCGUUCUCACGCCGUGCUUCAGAUUCAGCUCAGGGGUCCAAACCAGCAGACAGGUGGAAGGAUGUGGUUUGUGGAUCUGGCAGGAAGUGAGCGGGCAUCUGAUGCCAAAGAACCAGACAGACAGACUCGUAUGGAGGGAGCUGAGAUCAACCAGAGCCUGUUGGCUCUUAAGGAAUGUAUUCGUUCUCUUGAUAAAGAUGAAUCCCACACACCAUUCCGACAAAGCAAACUUACUCAGGUUUUAAAAGACUCAUUUAUUGGAAACUCCUUGACCUGCAUGAUUGCCAGCAUCUCACCAGGUCACCAAGCAACCGAACACACGCUGAAUACACUAAGAUAUGCUGAUCGUGUGAAGGAGUUAAAGGGACAAGCAGAGGUAAGGGGAAGGAGAAGGUGCAAGACGGGACCUUUCUCUAAACAUAACAGGAGCAGCAGCAACGUUGGCACUCCGAAAAAAGCAACCAAACUAAGUGAGACUAUUGAACCAAAUACACCUGCAAGGUUCCACACAGCGGGCGUAUUCCUCCGCUUAACACCCAAGUACAGCAGAUGUGAAGAGGAAACUCAGUCAAAAGGCAGAAGACAAAAAAUACUUGAAUCUGAGAAACCAGUUAGAGGUUGGCUGGCGAAUGGUGAAAGGGAGAGUUGGACUAAAGAGGCAGACGAAGAAGAAGGUCGGCGCAUGACACGUGGAAAUUCUGAUUCUCACCAUUAUGUUAGAGAGAAAAGUACCAGAGCAGCACCGGCACUCAAACCACAAACUGGUCAGCGGAAACACAAGGAACAAACUUGUGAGGAUAAUUUGACUUUUAUGGUAAAAGAAUGUGGAUUCCACCGCAGGAAGAAAGAUAAUAGUCCACCAGAAUGGAUAGAAGAGGAAAGAAUCUGUGAAGUAGAGCGACAAAGGGAAAGAGAUUUAAAAAAGGCUGAUACAGAAAAAAUGAGACACCUAAAACAAUAUCAUCAACAUCUGCAGCAGUCUGUACCCUCAUUGUCUUCAUCAGUCCAUUUCGUGCCAUCUUUUAGAUGUCCAUCUUCUCCCUCCUCUACUCAGGACUCGCUCUCAUCAUUCCUGCCCUCCUCUCGCCUCUCGUUUGUAACUCACAUGGAUCAUAGUUUGAGAGAGAUUUUAGAUGAAUAUGCAGCCACAGGAGGAGCCGAUGUUGAUAAUGAUGGACCGAUUUCUUUGCAUAGAGGUGAGACUCAAGUUCAACCUUUAACCUCUACAAACCACUGCGAGAAUGAUGCUGGUGCCGGCAGCAGUAACCGUUUAAAUGACGGCUGGAGGUUAGAUGAGUCUGAAAGUGAGAGGAAAAGGCUGGUUGAGGAGAGGGCGAGGAGGGGGGAGAAAAGAUUAGCUGUGAGGAAGCAAGCGUGGCGUGCUCAGGUGGAAGAAGCAGUGGCGGAGUCUGCAAAUAGAACAGCAAACGGAAAAUCGUCAAAUGUAAAUGUGCAACUGUCAGACUGCUGGGGUUUGAAGGACCAAAGAGGAACAAGCGUGGUCAGACCAAAUGCGUCAGAUUUCUCUGAUAAAGACAUGUGGAGAGCUGCACAGACAGAUUCAGCUCACUAUGAUUUGGUGCAUCAGCGAGCUCCUGCAGAAAGGCCUCUUUCCCCAUCAUGCAAUGAGCUCCUGAUCUCAGAUAAGCUGCAUGAGUCUCCUUUUGAAUCUGCAAAUGCUAAACGUGAUAAUAUCCUACAAAAUACUCCAGAGGCAGUAUCAUCAAACAACCACAGAGAGAGAAAAAAUAGCUUUGUAGCUAAUGCUAGUGAAGGACAAUUUCCAUAUGCUCAAUCAGCCACAUCACCUGUUUCAUCUACCAGGAAUGGAUGCAUACAGCCAACAGAUUGUGCUGUUUACACACACUCAUGCAACCACACAGCCAAAAUCUCUACUUUCCCUCAAGAUGAGACAAAUGUGGACUCGCUCAGCAUUUCCCUGCUUCAUGUCGAUCAACAAGCUGCUGCCACCUCAUUCUUACAUUCUACGAAUCUGGUAGACUCUGGUGUAAAAACAGGGGAAGAACUUGUAGAGGAUGAAGAUGCAUCAGAUGUAGCUAAAAUGAAUCUUUUAGAUGCAUCUGACAAUGUGACACUGACUGAGCAGCAAAAAUACACCAAAAUAGCUGUCAGUGGAAACGAUGCAAACAAAUCUCGCAUUUCUGGCUUUAGGCAGCAGAAAAAUCAACUUUUUAACAACACAGCUACUGCAUCACCACUUCAACCACCUACAUGUGUGUCUGUGCUUACUCCUCUCUUGCACAUUGGGAACAACAGCUCUCCUGCUGCACACAACCCAGCAGAAUGUGCGAGUAAAUCUUCAUCCAUUACAAGAGAAAAAUCCAGCAUCUCUGCUGGUCAUCUGAAUAGAGCGCCGUCCCACUAUUCCUGCAACUCAAAUGUUUUACCAAAACCAAAAAAUGCAGCAAAAUCAACCAGCAAUCAAGAAAUUAGACCCACUAUGCAUCUUUUUACCACAGAUGGCUCUGAAUACACCAAGUGGUGUGUUGUUGAGGCCCACCUGGAGCAGCUGAAACAGAUGGAAGCUUUCUGUCAUAAAGAGGGGAAACUUUUAUGGCGGCAACAUAAAAUGGCAUUUGGGGAAUAUGUCCAAAAGCUGGCAGAGAUCCUGGAGGGAAAGGCCAGAUGUCUACACAGCAUGAGAGCUCAGCUGCAGCCGUUUCUGACAGCCAGUCCGUCCUCAAAACAAGGAAACACACAUUUCCAUACAGUCAUGUAAAUUAAAUGUGUUUGUUUAAAAAAAGUUUUAGUUGUAGAAAACAAAUUGGAUUAUUGGUGCACACUUUAAACACUUCUGUGUCAGUUUGAUACAUUGAUGUUUUUGGUUUGUUAUUGUUUAUUUUUAUUUAACAGGUGCAACUUGAAGUAUAUUUUUCUUGUGAAAAGAUAAGUCUGGAAGAUUUUAAUUGAAAAUAGUGUUUUCUCACAUGUUGGUGCUUAUUUGUGUGUGUGUUUUUUUUAUUGCAGCAUGCGCUCAUAUUCUAUACAAUGUGUGUAUGUGAUGCUACAAGAAUAAUUAAUGAAAUAUGAUGGAUUUAGUUAUUUGGGACAUGCAUACCAUAUUAAUUUAUCUGAAUAUUUGGUAUACUCAUAAAUGUCUGGUAUUUAUGCAGUUUUAGAUGAAAAGUUUUUACCUUCCUGCCUUUUGUUUAUUCUUAAUUUUUUUCAAAGCACCAACCUUGAUUUGAUUUUUCUGAAAACGAUAUUUGGUUAUUUAAAAAUGAGAAUGGACAUUUGGAAAUGGACCCAAUCAUUGGUAAGAAGUUAAUUUAGACUUUUUUCUGUUUUUCUGUUUGAGUUUUAAAGGGACCACCCCAAGUCAGUGGUCAUCUGUUUGAGAGUGGAAUAAAGACAUUAGAGAAAGAUGUGCAUAGCAAUUUGUUGAUUUGUUUUAUUUCAAUAUUAAUCUCAGGUUCAGAAAGAAUUUCGUUAGGUGUGACUUUAAACAUGAUUCUAGAGAAAUCAAAAAUGUUAUUUGCUUCAUGACAUUUUAAAAUAUUAAAUGAAAUGUUUAUUUUCUGAAA